AUGGCGCUUUGGCAGGAGGAUUAUGAUCGCCUCCGUCCACUAUCUUAUCCCAUGACAGAUGUCUUCCUCAUUUGCUUCUCUGUGGUGAAUCCAGACAGUUUUCAGAAUGUGAGGGAGGAGUGGGUCCCAGAGCUGCAGGAGUAUGCUCCCAACGUCCCCUACCUUCUCAUUGGCACUCAGAUUGACCUUAGGGAUGAUCCGAAGACCAUCACAAAGCUGAAUGAUGUUAAGGAAAAGCCCAUAAUGACAGAACAGGGGCAAAAGUUGGCAAAAGAGAUCGGUGCCUGCUGUUACGUGGAGUGCUCAGCUUUAACACAGAAGGGGUUGAAGACGGUCUUUGACGAGGCCAUUAUCGCCAUCCUAGCUCCCAAGAAAGGUGUGUUAAAGCGGCGUCUCGGGCCGCGGUGCAUCAACUGCUGUCUGAUCACGUGAGCAACCUGCCAUACACCAGCAACAUUUCCCUCACCGACGGACGCCGAUUUUAGAGAUCAACCCACCAUCAAAGCGCAAAAUCUCCGUAAACUGAUGAUUAUAAACAGAUAAUAGAAACACUUGAAUGGAUGAGGACUAGUGCGAUUCAUUCUCGUUACAGUGACACUAAAAAUGAAGAAGUAAACUAUGAGCACAGAAAUAAAAAAAAUGCAAGGGUGAGAAGAUAGCACACUCCAGAUGAACUAAACUGAUUUGACUGUAUCACCAGUUCUGCUUCUGUAGGCAU